AUGGCCGGACCAGAAGCCAUGGAAGAAGCUGGUCAACCAUACUGCACUUUGAAAGGAACGCUGAAUGACGGGCUGCUUGCAGGCAUCCAGAGCAUGGGCUAUGGCUUCAUGACUCCAGUCCAGCAAAAAGUCCUCACCGAGCUACCCGACUUCAGCGCAGAUUGCCUUGUUCAAGCGAAGACUGGCACUGGCAAAACGCUCGCUUUUCUCCUACCCGCAAUCCAUUCUCUUCUCACCAAAGCUUCCAUAGCGACUGGCCAAGUCGCAAUCUUGGUGUUGUCGCCAACUCGCGAACUCGCGCUCCAGAUUGCCAAGGAAUGCAAUGCUGUCACCGCCAAGCUGCCUCGCCGCCUCGAAUGCCACACAGCAUAUGGCGGAACCUCGAAGGAACGUGACCUGAAAGCUUUCCUGAACGGAGAUCCCAAAAUCGUCGUUGCGACACCAGGUCGACUCAAUGAUUAUCUGAAUGAUGACUACGUUGCGGAAAAGUUCGCCGACCUUCGCACUUUAGUCUUGGACGAGGCCGAUCAAAUGCUGGAGCAAGGUUUCCUCGUAGCCCUCAACGACAUCCUGCGCCGACUUCCUCAGAAAUCCAAAGCCAACUGGCAAGGCAUGUGCUUCAGCGCCACAAUGCCCAAGAAGAUCGAAGGCGUCCUUCCCAAAGUGCUCAACAAAGGGCAUAUUCACCUCACCACCAUCGACCCCGAUGAAACACCCACAAUCGACAAAGUGACGCAGCACUCCAUCAUCGUCCCAUCAAAUCAAGAAGUGUACCCUGCACUGUGGGAUUUGCUACAAACAGAAUACAGCAGCUGCUCUGGCGACUUCAAAGCCAUCGUCUUCGGCACAACUGCAAACGGUGUAGCACUCAUGUACGCUCUCUUCUCAGCACUUCUGGAAGGCAGCAAUACGUUACAAGUGUUUCAACUACAAUCACGUCUAUCUCAAGCAAACAGAACUCGAACCACAAAUGAAUUCAAAGCAGCCAAAGCAGGCAUCAUGUUCGCAUCGGACGUGAUCGGUCGCGGCAUGGAUUUCCCAAACGUCUCCCACGUCGUACAAAUCGGUCUCCCAUCUAGUGGUGAUCAGUACGUACAUCGUGUCGGACGAACUGCUCGAGCAGGAAACGAAGGUCGAGCUAUCAUUAUCCUGACGCAGCGGGAGAGCUUCUUUCUCAAAGUCAACAAAAGAUUGCCAAUCACGCCGUACCCAACAGCUCUUGCCAGCGCAACAGGGGAAACGCAAAACUCGGACAUCGAAGCGGCUUUCACCAAAGUCGAUGAGACGACGAAAAGCAAAGCGUAUCAGGCUUGGCUCGGUUUCCACAAGACUUUCACGAAGCAGCUUCAACUCACCAACGAUACGCUCGUGCAAGAAGCGAAUGAUUACGCUGCAGCCAUGGGUUGUCCUGAGACGCCGAUGAUCGACAAGAAGAUCGUGGGCAAGAUGGGCUUGAAGGGCGUGAAGGGUUUGAAUAGAGAGAGUGCGCGAUACGCGAUACCCGCGGACGCUUCACUGUAG